AUGUCUACACCCACCACACAGAAGACUUUCCACUUCACAGAGGCCCCUCCCCAGGGCAAAUUCGCCAUCGCCGAAAGGCCGGUGCCCACCCCGGGUGACGGCGAGGUCCUCGUCCGCGUCGAGGCCGCCGCACUCAACCCUGCCGAUUGGAAGAUCACUUCCCCUGAGCUCAUCCAUGUGAUGGGUGUCCUCCCCCUCCCCCUCGUUACGGGCGGAGUGGGUGUCGUCGAGGCCGUCGGCUCCGGUGUCACCACCCUGUCCAAGGGCGACAGACGACUUCACGCUCCGAACCAGACCACCUUCCAACAGUACACGAUCGUCAAAGCCGCGUUCGCAGCCAAGGUGCGCACCGUCCCCUCAUGA